GGAACACACGAAGCUAUAUAAGCAGUCCAAUCAUGACGUCAUACGUCGCACGGCAUACAAAUAUCGAUGCGGGCAGUCGCGCUAGCUAUUAUACGCAGCCUACCAGCCUUAAGCUACCACUUGUACAACCUACAGGCAAUCCUGGAAGCCCCGCUGCCCCCGCUGAACCGCUGAACCGUGUUGAAUCGUCGAUCGUCGAUCAUCUCCAGUGAUCGUCACAUCCCACUUUGCCUUACUUUUCCUUCCUUUUCGCUUUUCAGUUUCACUUUCAGUCGCAUCGCGUUCGUUUGAGCCCUACCGUUGCUAUCGUUUAGGUAUUCCCCCGCCGAAUAACCUAACCUAUUUGUUUCCUUUCUUUUUACAUUUCGGGUUUUUUUUCUUCUAGUUUUGUUGUCACAAGUCUUCAGACAUUCAGACAAUUUUCCUGCUCGUUUUUUGCUGAGGACAUUCCUCUUCUAUUGUUUGACGUUGGGCACAUUUUCGGGCCGGAAUCCUGAGAUUCCAAGUGAGGAGGACUCGACAUCAUGAUUCCCCGGAUCGUCUCCUCAGACGAGGUCUAUAUACUCCCUUUGAAGGAUAAUGGCGCUCCAGAUGUUCCUGGAGAGUACAUUUAUCUUGCCCCGACGUCCAAAGAUCCUAUCACCAUACGAUUCACAAUAGAGGGCACCUCUUCCAUAUGUCGACAAGGCAGCUUAUGGGUCAACAUACCCGAACGGGGAUCCGAGUUCCACAGAGAUCAGUUCCGAGAGUACAGACUAAAUCCUGAUUUCAAUCGAACGAUAGAAAUAUCCAUCCCUGUUUAUGAAGCUGGUGCUUUCGCAUUUUAUACCACCUAUGCCGAGUUACCACCUCUUUCCUCUACCCUAGCCACGAAUGUACCGGCCUCUGUCGAGUCUAAAACGACCCCUAAAUACUAUAUUGACAUUGCUCCCCGCUUGUCGCUUGACGGCCGCUUGUUACCGCUACCGGCGUUGUCAAUAUUCUCCGUCAUCAGCAAGUUCAUGGGAAAAUACCCGUCUGAUUGGGAGAACCAUUUACGAGGUAUCAGUGGCCGUGGGUAUAACAUGAUACAUUUCACACCCCUCCAAAUUCGUGGAGCCUCAAAUUCACCUUACAGUUUGUAUGAUCAGCUCGGAUGGGAUCCAGAAUGUUUUCCCCGAGGAGAGGAGAAUGUACAACAAAUGGUUGAUAGCCUGGAACAGAACCAUUCUCUCCUCAGUCUGACUGACAUCGUCUUAAACCACACCGCCAAUAACAGCAAAUGGCUUUUGGAUCACCCGGAGGCUGGGUACAACCUUAACACCGCUCCCUGGCUCGAAUCUGCCUACGUUCUGGACACCCAACUCCUCGUCUUCAGCUCUAGGCUUGAAAAACUAGGAUAUCCUAAGGAGCUUCUCUCUACCGAUGAUCUUAUCAACGUUAUGGACGGUAUCAAAAAGCAUGUCAUUGCUGAGAUUCGUCUAUGGGAAUACUACACACUUGAUGUUGACAGGGAUGUAGAUGCUGCAAUUGAAUCUUGGGCAGUUGGACAAGUACACAUUCCCCAGGGAACUGAUAGUAGUGUCCUUGACAAGCUCAAAGUAGGUAGUCUCGAAGAUCAAGCUAUGUAUCUAGUUCAGAAUGGUCUGGUCGGCAACGACAGACUUGGCGCACGUUUCCGGCGGUCUAUUAAUCCAAAAGUUUCGGCUGGUCUAAUUGCUACUUUGUUUGGAAAGUAUAGGGGAGAGGCAGAUGAAGCGGCUAUUCGUUCUAAACUAGUCCAAAUUUUGGAUGUGGUCAAUGUCCCGUUCUAUGCGGAGUAUGACAAGGAGAUUGGAGAAAUUCUCCAGCAACUCUUCAAUAGGAUCAAGUACGUUCGUCUGGACGAGCAUGGACCGAAGCUUGGUCCUAUUGACGAGGAGAAUCCUAUAAUCGAAACGUACUUCACUCGUCUAAGUAAGGAGGAUGCGUCUAAGAGACUCAAGUCAGAAGACUUGGUUCUUGUCAAUAAUGGUUGGGUUUGGGCUGGUAAUGCAUUGAUUGACAAUGCCGGCCCGCAAUCACGCGUGUAUUUGAGACGUGAAGUCAUUAUCUGGGGAGAUUGUGUCAAGCUACGCUAUGGAGCCGCCCCUGAGGAUAGCCCUUGGCUGUGGGAACACAUGACCAACUAUGCUCGGAUGCUGGCUAAGUAUUUUGCGGGCUUCCGGAUCGAUAACUGCCACUCUACACCGAUUCACGUUGCGGAACAUAUCCUUGACGAGGCACGCCGUGUUCGACCAAACCUAUAUGUUGUGGCAGAGCUUUUCACGGGCUCGGAGGAGAUGGACUACGUCUUUGUCAAGAGACUAGGUCUAAGUUCAUUGAUCAGAGAAGCUAUGCAGGCUUGGAGCACGGCGGAACUAAGCAGAUUGGUACAUCGCCACGGCGGACGCCCCAUUGGCAGCUUUGAGGUCGAUGAGAUUUCGAAACGUUCCGUCGAAAGUGCUCCCACAAGUCCUGGACUUGCUGAUGGUACUACUCGAGAGGUCGUUCGCAGAAUCAAGCCCGUUCCAGUCAACGCUCUGUUUAUGGAUUGUACACACGACAACGAAGUUCCUGCUCAGAAGCGAGAUGCCCGAGAUACCCUACCAAACGCCGCCUUGGUGUGUAUGUGUGCUAGCGCAACAGGUAGUGUCAUGGGAUACGAUGAGAUAUACCCAAAGCUUGUCGAUCUAGUGAACGAAACUAGACUAUACACAUCUGAGUCAUCUUCCGCCGAAGAAGUAAAAAUAGGAGGUGGAAAAGGUGGAAUUGGCGGCAUCAAGAAGUUGCUCAAUGAGAUUCAUACAUUGAUGGGGAAGGAUGGAUACGACGAAACACAUAUUCACCAUGAAGAUCAGUACAUCACCGUCCACAGAGUACAUCCCGAGUCGAGAAAGGGAUACUUCCUCAUCGCCCAUACUGCCUACCCAGGUUAUGGAAAUGGUAAUGGUGCAUUUAGCGCCGUACGUCUUAGCGGCACGAAAGCGCGGCAUCUGGGAAGCUGGAUGUUGGAGGUUGACGACAGCAAGGAAGCCAAAGAGGCAGUUGAAAGUGACAAGAAAUACCUGCGGGGCCUUCCUAGUAAAGUGGUCAAUGUACCAGGUAUUCGGUUGGAAGUUAGUUCGAGUGAAACAGUUAUCACGGUACGCGACAAAUUUCCGCCUGGCAGUAUCGCUUUGUUCGAAACCUGGAUUCCCGCUGCAGAGCAUUCGGCAGGCCUGGAUACCUAUGUUACGUCUGGGGCUAAGGAGGCCAUGAGCGAGCUUGACCUGGUCGACCUCAAUUUUCUACUGUACCGUUGCGAAGCCGAAGAGCUCAGCGGUAGUGAUGGUAAAGAUGGCACAUAUGACAUUCCGGGACAUGGGAAGAUAGUAUAUGCCGGUCUUCAGGGUUGGUGGAGUCUCUUGAAGGACAUUAUCAAGGACAAUAACUUAGCCCACCCCUUGUGUGAAAACCUCCGCAACGGCCAAUGGGCUCUCGACUAUACUGUCGGACGUCUCGAAAGGAUAAGCCAUCAAAAAGAGUUCGCUGGCCUCGCUAAACCCGCAGCCUGGCUUAAGAAUCGGUUCGAUGCAAUCCGGGAUAUUCCCAGCUUUCUCCUGCCGCGCUACUUUGCACUAAUCGUGCGGACUGCCUAUAAGGCCGCUUGGGAAAGAGGCCUACAGCUUAUGAAUGAAAAGGUGCAGAACAACCAGUGGUUCCUUCAGAGCCUGGCGAUGGUUAGUGUGCAAAUGACAGGCCUGGUUAAAUCCGCUUCGCUUUGGCCGAAGAAUCUUGUUCCCUCAUUGGCGGCCGGCUUGCCACAUUUCGCUGUUGAAUGGGCAAGAUGCUGGGGUCGUGAUGUUUUUAUCUCCCUCCGUGGCCUUUACCUUGGGACAGGCCGGUUCGACGAGGCCGCGGAACACAUCUUCGCAUUUGCAAGCGUUCUCAAACACGGCAUGAUCCCCAAUCUUCUCAGCAGCGGAAACCUUCCGCGAUAUAAUAGUCGAGACUCUGUCUGGUUCUUUUUGCAAUGCAUCCAGGAUUACACACAAUAUGCACCCAACGGUUUGAAUCUCCUGGAGAGGAAGGUGAAACGUCGUUUCUUACCUUAUGACGAUACCUGGUUUGCCUCUGACGACCCGCGAGCGUAUUCGACGGAAAGUACCAUUACAGAUGUUAUCCAAGAAGCCCUGCAACGCCACGCAUCCGGGCUAAAAUUCCGUGAGGCCAAUGCGGGCCCAAGCAUCGACUCCCAAAUGCGCGACGAGGGCUUCAAUAUCGAGGUCAAUGUCGACUGGUCAAAUGGCAUUAUAUUCGGCGGAAACCAGUUCAAUUGUGGUACCUGGAUGGACAAGAUGGGUGAGAGUGAGCGUGCGGGCUCGAAGGGUAUCCCAGGCACCCCUCGCGACGGUGCUGCCAUUGAGAUCACAGGACUGCUCUAUAGUACCUUGAAAUGGCUCGCCAAGCUCAACGCUGACGGCAAAUAUCCGUACAAGGGCGUGACAAAGUCUGACGGUUCAGAAAUAACAUUCUCGGCUUGGGCCGGUCUUCUUAAGUCAAGCUUCGAGCAUAGCUACUACGUGCCAGUCAACCCAUCAGAUGACGCACAAUAUGCCGUCAACCCUGCCGUCGUCAACCGCCGCGGUAUCUACAAGGACCUCUUCCGCUCCGGAAAGGAGUACGAGGACUACCAGCUCCGGCCCAACUUCGCCAUCGCCAUGACGGUAGCCCCAGACCUCUUCAAUCCAGACCACGCGACGGGCGCCCUCGUGCUCGCGGACAAGGUGCUGCGCGGGCCAACAGGAAUGGCGACACUCGACCCGUCCGACCUCAAUUACCGGCCGUAUUACAUCAACAGCGAGGACUCAGACGACUUCGCCACCUCCAAGGGCAGGAACUACCACCAGGGCCCCGAAUGGCUCUGGCCCACGGGCUUCUUCCUACGCGCCCUCCUCAAGUUCGAUCUCAUGAGGAGGAACACGGAGCAGGGCCGGGUCGAGGCCUUCCAGCAGGUCACGAGGAGGUUGGCCGGGUGCAAGGACCAGAUCCGGAGCAGCGAGUGGGCGGGGCUCACGGAGCUUACCCAGAAGAACGGCGAAUUCUGCCCCGACUCGAGCCCGACCCAGGCUUGGAGCGCCGGGUGUCUGAUUGAUCUGUAUAUGGAUGCUGCCGAGUACUCGGCGUAGUCGGGUACGGUCAAUAGGUCUAUGGUUGAGAUGCGGUAGUUCAGGGAGCGGAGGCGUAGGUGUUGUUGGAAGGGAAUGUCGGAGUUGAGCACGACAUCCACGAGCAUACGAAAAAAUUAGGGUUCGCAUACGCGGAGG